CUUUGAUGUGAAGAUGACCAAGUUAGGGUUCCUCCGGCUGUCCUAUGAGAAGCAGGACACUCUGCUCAAGCUCCUCAUCCUGUCCAUGGCAGCUGUGCUGUCUUUCUCCACCAGACUUUUUUCUGUCUUAAGAUUUGAAAGUGUCAUCCAUGAGUUUGACCCGUAUUUUAACUACCGCACCACCCGCUUCCUGGCCGAGGAGGGCUUCUACAAAUUCCACAACUGGUUUGAUGACCGCGCCUGGUACCCCCUGGGCAGGAUUAUUGGGGGGACCAUUUAUCCAGGCCUGAUGAUCACCUCAGCAGCCAUCUACCAUGUGCUGCACUUCUUCCACAUCACCAUUGACAUCCGGAACGUCUGUGUCUUCCUGGCUCCCCUCUUCUCCUCCUUCACCACCAUUGUUACCUAUCACCUCACCAAAGAACUCAAGGAUGCAGGAGCAGGCCUCCUGGCUGCUGCCAUGAUUGCAGUGGUGCCUGGGUACAUCUCUCGCUCCGUCGCUGGCUCCUACGAUAAUGAAGGCAUCGCCAUCUUCUGCAUGCUCUUGACUUACUACCUGUGGAUCAAGGCCGUCAAGACCGGCUCCAUCUAUUGGGCAGCCAUGUGUGCCCUGGCCUACUUCUAUAUGGUCUCCUCAUGGGGUGGCUACGUCUUUCUGAUUAACCUCAUCCCCCUGCACGUCCUUGUGUUGAUGUUGACUGGCCGCUUCUCCCACAGGAUCUAUGUAGCCUAUUGCACUGUCUACUGCUUGGGAACCAUCCUCUCCAUGCAGAUCUCCUUUGUUGGCUUCCAGCCUGUCCUCUCCUCGGAGCACAUGGCUGCCCUGGGAGUCUUUGGCCUGUGCCAGAUCCAUGCCUUUGUUGACUACCUGCGGAGCAAGCUGAACCCCCAGCAGUUCGAAAUCCUCUUCAGAAGUGUCAUUUCCCUGGUCGGCUUCGUCCUCCUCUCCAUCGGGGCCGUGCUGAUGCUCACAGGGAAAAUCUCCCCAUGGACGGGGCGUUUCUACUCCCUGCUGGAUCCCUCCUACGCCAAGAACAACAUCCCCAUCAUCGCCUCCGUCUCUGAGCACCAACCCACCACUUGGUCCUCCUAUUACUUUGACCUGCAGCUUCUCGUUUUCAUGUUCCCAGUUGGUCUCUAUUACUGCUUCAGCAACCUCUCGGAUGCCCGCAUCUUCAUCAUCAUGUAUGGUGUGACCAGCAUGUACUUCUCAGCUGUGAUGGUGCGUCUCAUGCUGGUGCUGGCCCCAGUGAUGUGCAUCCUGUCUGGCAUCGGGGUUUCUCAGGUCUUGUCCACCUACAUGAAGAACCUGGACAUCAGCCGGCCAGACAAGAAGAGCAAAAAGCAGCAAGACUCCACCUACCCCAUAAAAAAUGAAGUUGCCAGUGGCAUGAUUCUGGUCAUGGCUUUCUUCCUGAUCACCUACACCUUCCACUCCACCUGGGUGACCAGCGAGGCCUACUCCUCCCCCUCCAUCGUUCUGUCUGCACGGGGUGGGGAUGGCAGCAGAAUCAUCUUUGAUGACUUCAGAGAAGCUUAUUACUGGCUGCGACACAACACACCGGAGGAUGCGAAGGUGAUGUCCUGGUGGGACUAUGGGUACCAGAUAACUGCCAUGGCCAACAGGACCAUCCUGGUGGACAACAACACCUGGAACAACACACACAUCUCCCGCGUUGGUCAGGCAAUGGCAUCAACAGAGGAGAAAGCUUAUGAGAUCAUGAGGGAGCUGGAUGUCAGCUACGUGCUGGUGAUCUUUGGAGGCCUCACUGGGUACUCAUCAGAUGACAUCAACAAGUUCCUGUGGAUGGUGCGGAUCGGGGGCAGCACGGACACGGGACGUCACAUCAAGGAGCACGACUACUACACCCCCACGGGGGAGUUCCGCGUCGACCGUGAGGGUUCCCCGGUGCUCCUCAACUGCCUCAUGUACAAGAUGUGCUACUACCGCUUCGGCCAGGUCUACACCGAGGCCAAGCGACCACCGGGCUACGACCGGGUGAGGAACGCUGAGAUCGGCAACAAGGACUUCGAGCUGGAUGUGCUGGAGGAGGCCUACACCACAGAGCACUGGCUGGUCCGAAUAUACAAGGUGAAGGAUUUGGAUAAUCGCGGCUUGUCCAGAACGUAG